GCAGCAACUCACACUGCCACAGAACCUUCCGACGUCUCCCUGAUCUUCUCCGUCCCACGGCAAAAUACAGGUUGAAAUUGCAUAAUGGAUUGGAAGACAUUUCAGGGUAUCCUGAGUGGUGUGAAUAAGUACUCAACAGCAUUUGGUCGCAUUUGGUUAUCGGUGGUUUUUGUGUUCCGAGUACUUGUUUAUGUGGUUGCAGCAGAGAAAGUUUGGGGCGAUGAACAAAAAGAUUUUGACUGCAAUACUCGGCAGCCAGGGUGCACCAAUGUCUGCUAUGACCACUACUUUCCCAUAUCACACAUCAGGCUCUGGGCCCUCCAGCUUAUAUUUGUUACCUGCCCGUCUCUAUUGGUUAUAAUGCAUGUUUCCUAUAGAGAGGACCGGGAGAAAAAGAACCGCUUAAAAAAUGGAGACAACUGCUCCAAGCUCUACUCCAACACAGGAAAAAAGCAUGGUGGCCUUUGGUGGACCUACCUCCUAAGUCUUUUCUUUAAGACUGGUAUUGAAAUUGUUUUCCUUUACAUAUUGCAUAAAAUGUGGGAUAGCUUUGAUCUGCCUCCCCUAGUGAAAUGUUCAAACGAACCCUGCCCUAAUGUAGUAGACUGCUACAUAGCCCGUCCCACAGAGAAAAGGGUGUUCACCUAUUUUAUGGUUGCUGCUUCUGCUCUGUGCAUCAUCCUAAACAUCUGCGAAAUAUUCUACCUUAUAUUUAAAAGGAUACUGAAUUGCAUGAACAAAUACAAGAAGUCAAGCAAGCACUCUGUGACCUACAGCAAAGCUUCCACCUGCCAGUGCCACAUCCAUCUAGACACCAUUGAAAAGAAACCCAUGAACAAGACACUGGAGUCUAUACGGGCAUCUGCACCUAAUCUGACAACAAUAUAAUCCAGUAACAGUUGGAUGAAACAACACAAGCACCUUUUUGUAUUAUAAAAACAAGCCAGCAUAUUUUUUUUUUAAAUAAAUCUGGUUCUUCCAAAGCACAAUAGAAAGAAUUAGAGAGACAUUUAUUUUUUGUACCAAAAGAAGACUUUAAAGUUAAUGUUUAGAAAAUGUUAUUUUCACAAGGCUACAACUGCCUAAUUUCUUUAGUUGCCAGAGACUUUUACUUGGGAUCUAAUGAGCAAACCUCGUCAUGAAUGUAAUCGAUUCUGCCAGAACCAUACCUGGAUUACUCAGAACUUUCACAGUCUGGAUCUUGUAAAAAUCCAUUGUUCUGCAUUUCAAAUGUUGACUCUUGUUUACGGAUAGCAGUCUAUUAAGGCUUGAAGCUAAUGGUCAUUAUACUGCCACCAUACAUAAGUGUGGGAUAUAUUACAUAUAAUUACAAUAUUUUGCAUAUAAUUACAGCCUGUGACACACAGCACUUGUGGGGCCCAGCACCUGGGAUUCAUGUUUUGUAGAGAAAAAAAGAAUAAAUUUACAUCAUACCAGGUUUUGAAAAAGGAACAAUACAGAUACCUGUACAUAUGUUUUAGAGAAAUAAAUACAAAACAGUUGUCUGUGUAUAAUGCAAAAACUUUGUAACCAAGAUCUCUGAAGGUGGAUCAUAGACAGGCAGCAACUUGUCUGCAAAUCAUUGCCAAAACGGAUCCCAACAGCACAGCACUGGAAUCAAACUGUUUACCGAAAGCAAUUUCCAUAUUAAAAGGACUUCAACUUUUAUGAUACAACUCCUGGGACAACAUCCAGUGGAUAAUGGGAGUCAAACUUUGCAACAAAGCAGCAUUCCUGACUUAACUGGCACAUUAAAGUUAUACAAAUUGAAAAAAAUGUGGCACCCUAAUUAACAACAUGCAGAGUAUAAUUCUGUCAUAUAAUAAGAGCUGCAAAUGUAAGACUUUCUGUUGCUCCUGAUGGAGAGGAUUUUUUGAAUUGCAAUGUAAUCACUGCCAGUUGGGUCUGCUUUGCAGGGUAGGGUACAUUAUUCUGUGCUCUUAGGUUUUGACGAACAAAAAACACCCUUCACUUACAAAAUUGUAUUUAUUAUUUAUAGAUGCAUAUAUUUUAUUAAAUUUUUUUUUACAAG